AUGGAUAAUACUAGUCCAUCUGCUCUUUGCUGGAGUGUUAAAGGAUCACCUGGAAGCCCUGCAUCUGGAACUGCAAUUCCAGGGAAAGGGGUUGUCAUUUGCAAGUAUCCAUAUGACCCUACUGUUGUUUUGGGGUACCUGUCUGUUGGUUUUCUGGUUGCCUCAACUGUGGCUGGGUACUUUUCUUUGUUUUACCCUUACCAAGGAAAGUCCAUUCCGCAGUCAGCCAUGUUUCGAAGCACUAGCUUCGUCGUAUUCUUCAAUAUUGCUGUGUAA